AAAAGUUGAAACCAAGCCUCUGCAGCCCAAAAAGCACAAAGGAAAGCUAAACGGAGGAGAAUGGCGCAGCAGCAGCAACAACAGCCAGUGCAGAAGAACACACUGUACGUAGGAGGAUUGGCAGAGGAAGUGAACGAAUCCAUUCUCCAUGCCGCUUUUAUCCCCUUCGGUGACAUUAAGGACGUCAAAACUCCUCUAGAUCAAGCCACCCAGAAGCACCGCUCCUUCGGCUUCGUUACUUUCCUCGAGAAAGAAGACGCCUCCGCCGCCAUGGAUAAUAUGGACGGUGCUGAGCUCUAUGGUAAAGUCCUCACCGUUAAUUAUGCCCUUCCCGAACGCAUUAAGGGUGGUGAACAGGGUUGGGCCGCCCAGCCUAUUUGGGCGGAUGCUGACACAUGGUUUGAACGGCAACGACAACAAGAGGAAAUGGAUCGAAUUCAGGCGGAGAACAGAGCUGCAAUGCAAGCUGCCGAUGAGUUGCAUAGAAAGAAAAUGGCACAGGAGCGAGAAGGAGAAAAGGAAGAUGAAAUGGAAAUCAAGGAUGACCCAAUGGAAAGGGCUGAAGCAGAAGUUUUGAAACAGAACAGCUCUUAGCUACUGCAGAAAGCAUAUGAUGAAAGAAAUGUUUACGUUCUUGGCAGAUGCAAAAUUGUUUUGGUUAAUUGUCUGUAACACUAAUGCAACUGGUUUGGUAGUCUGUCAUUUUUGUUGAUAUAUGUUUCCUACAUAGAUUCCCUGUGCUAUCCGGUGGAUCAAUUUCACAAGUGUUGCCCAUUGGAAUUUC